AUGAAAGGUUGUCUUGACGUGGCCAAAUGUAACCAGACCGAAAAUGUGAACUUCCCCAGCAGCAGCAGCUCCAACAGCACGAUCUACAGCAUGACCAAGACGUGCUGCAGCUCUGACCUGUGCAACGCUGCACCUGGCCUGCCUGGGACCUCUGUGCUGAGCCUGGCCUUCGCCGCCAUCUCUGCUCUGAUUGCAACCAAUGUGUUGGCUCCCCAGUUUUACCCUCUUCAAGCAUCUGAUCGCCUGGGAGACAAGAAGCUUCAGGUCUUGUGUGGAAGGAUUUUUAUCUUUUUGACAAAAACCAAGAACCAAAUCAACACUGAGAUGGGAAAGGUCCUCUUUGCUAUCGUUGCAUCCGUUGCGUCUUUGAUUCUGGUGGAAUCUCUGACAUGCAACAAAUGCAACUUUGGCUUGCUGGGUAUUUGCCUAAACCAGGGUACUGAAACCUGCACGACCAAUACCAGCAUCUGCUACACUGGAAAAGCAACUUUCCCUAACGUUACAAGCUUUUCGGGCUUCAACUCCCAGGGUUGCACGACAAGCACCGCAGGCUGCAAUACAACCACAAGCAGCAGCCUCUUGGGUAUAACCUAUCAGAGCACUAUCACCUGCUGUUCCACAGACAAAUGCAACCCUGUGACAAUCAGCGGUGCCCCAUCGGCCAAGAUGACCCUCAGUGCAACCAUUGGUGCAGCCAUCCUGGCGUCUGUGUGGGGAAGCAUGCUGCAGUAAAAUCAAGAAAACAACCAGCUGAUAAAAACCAAGGACAGUUCAAUGAAGCAGUCUUUGGAUAAUAAUAAUCACUAUCCAUAGGUACAACACUGAGCAAGAAAGUACCCUUAUUUAAUUAAAAACGAAUACUUAUACUAAAAUCAGAUCAUCUCAUCUCAGGGUUAAGAUGAAAAUAAAACUCAGGUGUCCAAAUUGUGAAAGUUGAUCAAUGGGAUGUUUCAGUGAAACAUUGAGCUCGUAAAUCUUUCACAAUGUUGUUUUGAUUUAUUGUUGCUUUUAAAAAAUCCUUGUAACUGCUUUAUUUCUUACUUGAUGAAAUAAUGAUGUGAAAAUAAAAAUUGAAAAAAAUAUUUUUUUGCCUCUGUGAGU